AUGACUAGUCCUGACGACGUCGCUGUCGGCGCCAGGCACGACAUUGCUUUGGCACAGGGUUUGGACGACGAACGACGGAUGUCCCAUGCACCAGCGCUGCCACCUGUCUACGAAGGAAAAGGCACACUCGCUACGGUUUAUGCCGACGAUGCAGCUGAUGCUCCGACCGUUGAAGAGCUCCAUACUCUGCGUCGCGUCAGAGAUCAUAUUCCCUGGAAGGUCUACACUGUUGCAUUCGUUGAGCUUUGCGAGCGAUUCUCUUAUUAUGGCACCACUGUUGUUUUCACCAACUUCAUCCAACAGCCACUUCCAGAAGGAUCACGAACCGGUGCUGCAGGCACAGACGGCCAAGCUGGUGCUCUCGGUAUGGGUCAACGAGCAUCAACCGGACUGGGUACAUUCAACCAGUUUUGGGUCUACUUCACGCCACUCAUAGGCGCAUAUAUUGCUGAUACUUAUCUUGGACGCUUCAACACCAUCUGCGUCUCUCUGGCCAUUGCCAUUGUUGGGCACAUCAUUCUUACCAUUUCCGCUGUUCCGACCGUCCUGGCCAAUCCAAAUGGCGCACUUGGCUGCUUCAUCGUUGGUCUCAUCUUGAUGGGUAUAGGGACCGGUGGAUUUAAACCCAACAUUUCACCAUUGGUCGCUGAACAGCUGCCACUUACCCGCAUGAAGAUCAUCACAGAUAAGACUGGAGAUCGGGUCAUCGUUGAUCCUGCUGUGACGGCGUCGAGUGUGUAUAUGUGGUUCUACCUCUUCAUCAACAUAGGAGCUCUGUUGGGCCAAAUCUCUAUGGUCUACUCUGAGAAAUAUGUCGGCUUCUGGCUCUCUUAUUUCCUACCAACCGUCAUGCUUUGCAUUUGUCCGGUGGUCAUGCUCCUCUGCCGUAAGGUGUACAUCCUCACACCACCCCAAGGCAGCGUGUUCGGCAAGGCAAUGAAGCUCUUUUUCCUUGCCCAAAAAGGUAGAUGGUCUAUUAAUCCUGUUCGAACGUUCAGAAAUAUGCACGAUGGCACCUUUUGGGACAAAGUCAAGCCAAGUAACAUACCGGCCAAUCAACGACCCAAGUGGAUGACGUUUGAUGAUGAAUGGGUUGAUGAAGUCAGGAGAGGUUUCGCCGCUUGUUCGGUCUUCUGCUGGCUUCCUCUCUUUUGGAUCACCUAUAAUCAAAUCAACAACAACUUGACUUCUCAGGCAGCUGUCAUGAAACUCAACGGGGUCCCCAACGACAUUCUCGCCAAUCUCAACCCCUUUUCACUCAUCAUUCUCAUCCCCAUCUGCGAUAUUAUCAUCUAUCCCGCGCUUCGCAAAGCUGGAAUCAACUUUUCCCCGAUCAAAAAGAUCACCUGUGGUUUUUACACCGGUACCGCCGCCAUGAUUUGGGCGUGUGUUGUUCAAGCCUACAUCUACAAGUACAGCUCUUGCGGAAGAUAUGCUGCUGGUGAAGACUGUGAACCAACUAGCAUCACUGUCUGGGCUCAGUCUGGGUCGUAUGUUCUGGUUGCCUUGGCUGAGGUCCUCGCCGCCAUCACCGCCCUCGAAUAUGCCUUCACCAAAGCUCCCCGCAACAUGCGUUCUCUGGUGAUGGCUGUCAUGUUGUUCACGACGGCUGUUGCUGCCGCUAUUGGGCAAGCACUCGUCUCUCUUUCCGCUGACCCAUUACUCGUCUGGAAUUAUGGGGUUGUUGGUGUUCUUUCAUUUAUCGGCGGGACUGGGUUUUGGUUGCAGUUCAGAGGGCUUGACAAACAAGAAGACCAGCUGAAUAUGCUUCCAACUGGUCACCUAGGCACGAAGGGUGAAGCGGAGGAAUUGGAGGUUGAAAAAGGCGCCUCCAAGCUGGCAGAGAAGGCUUAG